AAUUCAAUAUCAGCAAAUAAGGUCAUCUGAAAAGCUAACAAAGAAAAUAAUUACAUCAAAAAUUUCAAAACCUUAUCUGAUGCUCUUCAAAGCUUAAUAUGAAAAAUAAUUAGAUCUAUUCUAUUUUGAUUAUUAGAUCUAAUCGCUUUCUAAGUCUAAGUAUUAAGAUAUUUUGGACUUGUAAUAAUUUUUGUAAUAAAAAAAAGAGUAACAAUAUGAUUAUCUUGAAUUUAGAAAAGUAGGAGAUAGAAAGAUUUUCACUCCUAGCAAUAAAAGACUGUUCCUCCUCUUAAAGAUAAAACCAAUGAUGAAAAUACCACAACUUCUACUCAUUCCUUACUAGCUGAAGGACCUCUUACAAGUAAUACCUUUUGGAAAGUAACAAAAUAUUAUUGACAAAAACACCUAAAUUAAAUUCAAUUUCAAAAAUUUUUAAUAAUGCAAAGGUGAUGAACAACAAAGGUUUAAAAGAUAAAUCACUAUUCAUAUGAAUUAAUAUUAUGUAAAAGACUGUUUUUAAAUAUUAAUUUACAUUUUAUAUUGA